AUUGCAGUGAAUGGCGAGCGCCUAUCUAACACACACAGUUCGCUCCGCUCGGCACUUUGGCCGAGCGCUGGAGUUGCAUUCGGCAUUGCUCGAAAAGACAGAGUCAGUUUCUUCCUUUAUUCCGCUGAUUUUGAUUGGUCAAAAAUUCCCGCGGUUGCUUCGUACAUCUUCGGUAAACAUCGGAAAUAUACAAGACGGAGUCUAACUUACCUUCAUGCGAGGGAAGGACCUAAUAUUCAGAAAUGUCUGAGUGGAUUAAGUUCUUCACUGCUGCUGGUAUCCCGGCUGGCCCAGCUGCAAAGUAUUCUGUGGUUUUCCUUGACAAUCGCAUCCAGAAGAGCAUGCUGAUGGAUCUCACCAAGGAGUACUUGAAGGAGAUGGGGAUUUCAAUCAUGGGAGAUGUGAUUGCUAUUCUCAAAUAUGCCAAGACAGCUCAUAUGAAGUAUGAAAAUGAGAAACCUGCCAUAACAGCCUUGUCCACUAACCCAGAUGCUAAAGUGGAAGUGAAGAGACAGACUACAGCUGGAAACAGAAUGCUUGAGCACUACAUGAGAAAGGAAGGCAUCAUGGAGGGAGGCAGUUCAAAGGUCACAGUAUCACCUUCCAUGGCAGUCAGACUUGGAGCUGUACCAGUUGGAGGUACAAAGAAGGCAUCCUCAGGGAUUUUAGCAGACACUGCAGAGGUGAUUCCAGUGAAAAGACCACGUAUGGUGAAGCCGGAGGAGGAAGGGAAGUAUUUGAUCAGCUUACCUAAAGGAACCACACCCAAAACCAUGAAGAUCAUGGAGCAGAAGCAACAGAAAACAUCUGAAGAAGACCAGAAAUCAUCAGUUUUCGCUCGUCUAGGAUCAGGAUCUAGCCCAGCUCCUCAGCCGAAGAAUGUAGAAACAUCACCAGCAAAGACUCCUGGAGGAUCAUCUGUGUUUAAUCGUUUAGGUGGCCAGCGUAAAAGGGUCAUCUCAGAUUCAGAACCAGUUGAAUAUCAAGGUGUGCUGAAAUCACUUUCCUCUUCAUCCCUUUCGACAACCCCUAGUACUACCACCAUCAAAAUAACAAAACCUUCACCAGUGGCAAAACCAGCAUCAGUGAAAGUUACCUUGGGUGCUUCUAAGUUGGUUUCUGCAAUGCCAGAAGCAAGUCUCCAGACGAGGUUAGGGAAAAAGUCUGUGGUGGCAACGCACGUGACCACUACUUCUGCUGGUGCAAAGAAUGUCAUGGCAAGACUCGGUGCACCAACCGGAAAACUUAAAGUAGUGGAGACCCCUACUCCCAGUACUAAACCAAAGGUGACUGUGACUCUUGGAGGAAAGAAGGUGGCAACCAAAAGGUCAGCUAUGGAUCGCCUUGGUGUACAGAAACCAGAGAUAUCUACAACCACUCACAUGGAUUCGUUUGGGGUGAAAUCAAAGGUACAGGAUCGCCUAGGAGAAGCAGACACAGUGACAAGGACAAUGGCAAAAGGGACUGUCAAAUUGGCUUCAGCAAAACCUGUAGUGAAGAAAUCAAUGCAGGCCAGACUUGGUGCACCGACCGAUGCUUCAAAGGUCAGCACCGUUAAGAGAGAACCUGUUGUGAAACAAAGUGUGACAGUAACCUUGGGCGGGAAGCCAACUGCCAUGCAGAAACGGCUUGGUAAGACAGUACUUGGAGCAUCCAAGGGUGUAGCUUCCCCUGUCUCAUCCAGCUCAAAAGUAAUGAAGAGACUUGGUGCUCCUGUAGGGUCACAGAAGAAAUCAGCCAUGAAGGAUAGGUUAGGUCUGAUGAGAGCAGAGGCUUCAUCCACUACACCAACCAUCACUGUUACAAUGGGUGGGCCAGGAUCUAUGAAGAAUAAGACUGCUAGUGCUAUGUCAACAAACGUAUUCAGUCGAUUGGGAAAAUCAUGAGCUCUUUCAACCAUUUUGUUUAAUUUUUAUAGAGGAGUCUAUCUAAUUACAAAAACAGAAACUUUAUCAUAUAUGUCUGACUUGAUGUUGAAUAGCUUAGUUUUGGGUAGAAAAAAGUCGCUGAAAUAAAAGAUUGCUGUGAAUAACCAUUUAUGAAAAUCUUAUAUUUCUCAACCUUCCCUAUCAUACACAAUACAACUGUUGUCUUUGGCUGUGUACCAUAGAACUUGUGGCUGUAUUUAUGUACAGUUGUGAUAUAUCUUUUCUGUAUUUUAUUUCCAAGUACUAGUAAUAUGCAUGUAUCUUGCUAAUACUUCUAUUUUAUAGCUUUAUGAAAAUAAUGAAAUAAUAGGAUAUAGACUGUAAAAUUUGAAGUUGAAAUUGUUACCCAGCUUUACAGUAAUUGGAUAUUGCAAAACUCAAAGAGAGCUAAGAAGUGUAUUCUUAAUGUAAAUUGUUCAAGCUCUCCUGUGAUAUAUGACACCAGAGACUGCAAGGCUUUGUGAAAAGUUUUUAUAACUUUGAAUUUUACAGUCUAAAACCUAGAUAUUUCAUAGGUCUAGCAAACAGAUUAACAGAGGUAUUUUGGAAGAGAAGUGCAGAUGAAAGAUGUAACUGAAACAAAAAUAGUAAAAACAUGUGAAUAUCUGGGAUUCUGGUCAGAAAAUCAUACCUACAGUCACACUUUUUAUGGGGAAGACAGAGAAAUACAUUUUUUCUACUUAAUUCUUCAGAAUAGACAGUUAUUUCUGUCUAAUAUUUGAGAGCCUUUGUUGAUAUGGAUGUAUCUGGAGAAUGACUUCAGACAUUUAUUAUGGCUACCUGUUUUAUAAAAAAUAUUUUGAAAAUCUGGAAAUCAAGAAAGCUUUGUACAGCUCAUGUGAAAUGUCAGAAACUUCUUUGAAAUAUGACAUGAAAUUCUCCAUGCAUCAUUGUGAAGAUCAAAUAUUUUAGAAAAGAUAACUCAAUAUUGUAUAGUUUUGUGGGAUGUUUUUGUUUAAAAAAAAUCAAAAUAUUUCUUUGAUUUGAUUUUUUGAAUAUUUUUCUGACCUGCAUUUUUUUUUUUUUUUUUUUUUUUUUUUUUUUGGGGGGGGGGGUCAUAUUUCAAAGAAUGAUUUACCUACAACAUACAAGAUUAUUCAAUAGAAAAUUGCACUUAACAUUUAUAAUGAACUGAUGCUUUGAAGGGCUAAAGUUGAUUCCAAUCCAAGUUGAUAAAAUAUGUGAUUCUGAGCAUUUAACAGUUAGUGCUUUUAUUUUUACUUUGACUUUAUCUAGUACAAGAUAUGGAUAAUUAUACAUACUGUUAAUGUGUCAAUAUAAUUUUGUACAUUCUUGAAUCUUGCAUCUUAAAUUUGAAUAUUGGAAUUGUUUGCAUCAAUUAGACUUAUUAAAGUAUGGUUAGGAGACUUAUCAAAGUUGUAAGUUGAUCAUGAACUGUAACUAGGCAUCCUUUGAUGAUCUGGGUUUCCUGGGAUUUCUCAAACUAGUAAGACUUAAUUUGUAUUUGAUGGUGUUUGCCUUUUAUUUUUUCUUAUUCUUUUAAAAUUAGUUUGCUUUUAUUUUGUAAUUCAUUAUUUUUAUUGACUUUGUGUUUUUGUAGACAAUUUGAUGCAUACUCUUCAUGCAACUUUUAUCAUGUUUUAUGAUUUGAACCGAAAAUUGGUUUGAAGCCUAUACUAUCUGCUUUUUAAAGUAUUAGAUGGACAAACAAAAUGAUUAAGAUUAACAUCAUGAAUACUUGAAGAUGCAAAGACCAAGCUAUGAAAGAAGAAGAAAAAAGACUGGAGUUAAGAGUUUUUAAAAUAAUUAAGAAAAAAAAAUGUUUUCAUACAACUUUUUUUGUUUUCUGAUGAUACAAUUUCUAUCUACUUGAUCUGUCAAUGUACUUUCUGUCCUUAUUUUCCUUUUAAAUAAAUGGAAUACAACUAAGUAGUUUUAUAUUUUUAAGAUAGAGUAAGAUACAAAAAAGCACUUUUUCAGACUUGCCCUGUAAAAAUCACAUUUCUGGAACUAUCUUUCUUGUACAUUGUAAAAGUAAUUUUAUGUAAGCAUUCUAAACUUGCAAUACAUAUACAGUUGUGCUCAAAAGUUAGUGAACCCUACCACAAAAUGAACUCCUUCAUGCAGAGUGUUGAAUGUAGACAACACUACAAUGUUCGGUGAGCCUGGAGACGCAAAACUUUAUUGAAUGUAAUUAUUUUAUCACCGGACUUCACAAUCAAAUAUUUAAAAUAUGGCAGAACUUGAACACUUUAAAUAUGUUAAUUUUUUGGUGGGGUUCACUAACUUUUGAGCACCACUGUAUGUGCAUUUUGCAUAUGUAAGUUUGAUUUGAUUUCAUCAAUUUUUAUGACCAAUUUGAUUGCUGAACAACAUGUUGACCUGCAUUCAUAUAAGAGGUUGAAAUUAUCGAUAAGUGAUCGACUGUUAGUGUUGACACCCUCUUUUGUUCUUGAAGUGCACCAAGAUAUGCAUAAACAAGCAGACAUUGCCCACACAUACUUUAAUAGAUAUUAAAUGAAAAUAACUAAAUUGGAUUGAGUGUGUGUACAGGCAUAAAAGCUUUUAAAAGGAGAUGGUUUAACUUCUUUUGUGAAGAUAGAUCAAUGUUUAAGGUCAUUUGCUAUGAAUUUUGCCUCUUAGAAAUUCAGUAACAUUUUAUCUAUUCUUGAGAGAAAUAUUCCCUGAUGAACUAGGUUUCUUAAUUCAUGUCAUACAUGUAAUUGGCAAGCAAUUCCUUAGUAUUUUAAGUUACAUUAAAAUACAUGAGAAAAAAGGAACAAAAUUGCAGUUUUAUAUUGCUUUUAUCUUUUGACCAUACUGGACUGGAAUAUCAGAAUUUUUAUUAACUCCCCAAAUGGUGACUUUGAAUAAUGAAAAUAUAUUAUGGCAUAGUUGACUAAUUUUUGUUAGAUGACUUAUGUCUUUUUCUACUCAUGAAAACAGUUUCAUAAUUCACCAAUUUCAUCAAGCAUAUACAUCUGACCCCCUUGUUUAUGGGAUUUUUCUACUGAAAUGUUUUGUCUCAGUUUACUAAUUUACAUGAAAAUUGUAAAGCGAUCAAAUUAUCACGGCUUAAGCAGUUCAUGAAGAUAAAUGAAAUUUGGGGUUGGACUUACAAAAUUUUUAUUUUUAUGAAGAGUUGCCCAAUUCCAGUGUUAUUGACUGAUGUUGGUAAACGAUCAAUUCGUGUUCAUAUUUAUUUGAAAGUAGAAAAUAGAAAUCGCGCAUUCAGUGAAGCAAAGAGAGAAAAAAUAAAGAACCACUUUGUCUAUGAAAGAA